CCUGCUUAGAAUUAAAAAUAAAGUAAAGAAAAAAAUGGAGCUCCCUCUAAAAGAAAGUUAAGAGAAACAAAGCAGGAAACGAGAGGGAGCAGAGUUGGACUCCUCUUUCUCCCCCCUCACUCCCCCCUGGUUCGUCACUCCUCUCCUUCCUCUUCUUUUCUUUUUAGCUCCCAUACUGGCAUGCAUUUAUCCCCUUCUUUUCUAUCUGUUUUUUCUCAAAAAUUAAGUAGUUUGUCGGGGAAUUACCUCUGGAAGUAAUGUUGUUUUCGCUUUCUUUUGGCUGAAACAACAUGGUUGAGCUCUUGCAGGAAUUUAAUGGAAACCUUACAAUUCAAUCAAUUUACUGGCUGAAACAAACAAAUACCAGAGGGAAUCUAGUUCUAAUCUCCUUUUCUCCCUUCUGUCUACCAUGGCGUCUGGGUUCGUCUAGUAUUUAAUUUGGACGGAGAGAGCUUCACUUGGACAAUCACUAUAAAGGCGUCAAGUAGUGAAUGGGGUCAGAGGAAGAAGAUAAAACACCACCAAAAUCUUCUAAACCUAAAUCAUCAGCUCAGGAGACACCAGCUGCGUCUUUAUAUCCUGAUUGGACAAGCUCUCUUCCGAGCACUCACCCGGCUUAUUAUGGCUCUGGUGCUACACCUCCCUUCUUUCCAUCACCUGUUUCUUCUCAUGCUCCCCAUCCCUAUAUGUGGGGAGGCCAGGUCCCAAGUCAAAUGCAGCAAAAUGGAGACUCAGAUGUCAAAGCAUCCAAAGGGAAAAGAAAAGCUUCUGGGAAAAAAACUAAUAGAAAGUCUGGUAACAAGGCAGGAGACAUACCAAAAGAAGUUUCUGGCUCGGGAUGUGAUGGUACCACCCCAAGUGGAGGUGAUGGCUCUACUGAAGACCCCAGUGAUGACAACAAUAACAAUGAGUUAUCUGCUUCAAAGAAAGGAAGCUUUGAUCAGAUGCUGGCUGAUGGUGCCGCCCAUACACAGAACAGUGCUGUUGUUUCUGUUCCUGUAACUAAUUUAAACAUAGGAAUGACUAUGUGGAACCCUUCAGCGCCCCCCGGAGCCAACAAAAUGCAACCAAAUCCUUCUAUGCUCUCACCGGUUGUGGUUCCCACUCCUGUGAUGGGACAUGAAGGAAUGAUGCCAGGACAUUGGAUGCCGGAUGAACGUGAACUGAAAAGACAAAAGAGGAAACAGUCUAACAGGGAAUCGGCUAGAAGAUCAAGGUUACGCAAACAGGCGGAAUGUGAAGAACUACAAAAGGCGGUUGGGAUGCUGACCAACGAUAACCGCUCUCUCCGGGAUGAAGUGCAAAAGGUAUCUGAGGAGCGUCUGAAGCUGAGAGCUGAGAAUGAGUUUAUAAAGGAAGAAGUAAUGAAGAAGUUCGGUCCAGAUGCUGUGCCCAAGUUUGUGUUCAAUGAAACCAUGGCGGCGGAUAUCUCGGCUAACCCACACUAAUAUAAGAUAAUUAACUCUAUAAGGUAAAGUGUUACAAUUGGGGGGUGAUGUCCAAAGUCCUUGAGAAACUUGUCUGUUUAAUUAGGAGCAGUUAGAUUUGAGCAAUGUUUGUGGUAUAUGUCAAAUGACCCCUGUCCAACACAUAUCAAAAUGUGUUGAUUUGGAUCAGAGGUGUCUUAGGUUUAUGUUGUAAAAGUAAACAAAAUGCUAUUGAUCAAAUGAUCAGUGUUCUCUUUUCUUUUAUUACAAAUAUAGAGUUUUUUCAGUACAGCGCUGAAGUUAAUAUCAAAAUGUAUUGAUUUGUUCUCUUUUCUUUUAUUACAAAUAUAGAGUUUUUUCACCAUGAAAGAUUUAUCAUGGUUAUUCACUUAUUCAUUGAUAGUCUAUGGGUUCU